CUUCUUUCAUCCUUUCCACCUUCACGUAUCGCAUAAAAAAAAUGACACAACGACCAAAGGCUACACGCCAGGAAACCUCCGAACUGGAAACACCACCAACCACUUUGAGCAAGAGACAAUUUCAACAGGUCAAAAAUCUUACGAGGGACGAUGGGCACUUCAACCUUGUUAGGAAUUUCCAUCUUGCAGAUGUGAUCACUCUCUGUAAUGGAGCAUGUGGUGUGUUCUCCAUUUUUUCGAAUUUGCGUUAUCUUAUUACCAAAGAUUCAUAUUAUCUUUGGUUCUCAAUGUGGAGUAUUGCAGCAGGCUUCACAUUUGAUAUAUUUGAUGGUCGUGUUGCUCGUUGGCGAGAGACUCACUCCAUUCUUGGCCAGGAAAUGGACUCACUUGCAGAUGUGAUUUCUUUUGGCGUGGCACCAGCUGUUUUAGCGUUUGUUUUGGGCAUGCAGAGCAUUCUGGACAAUGUGGUUUUGGCUUGUUUCGUUUGCUGUGGAAUUGCGCGCCUAGCGCGCUAUAACGCUACGAUUGCUAUUCUCCCCCAUGACCAAAGUGGGAAAGUUUCCUACUUUGAAGGGACGCCUAUCCCAACAUCUCUUGCUCUCGUUGCAAUCCUUGCAUAUCUUACGUAUACUGGGCAGAUAGGAGAACGCUUGCCAGGAGGUCUUGUUGAGAUCAUACCCGGAUUUUCCUUUCAUGCUAUCGUGAUCUUGUAUGGUAUCAGUGGCUCAUUGAUGGUCAGCAAAUCACUCAAGAUUCCCAAAAUGUGAAAAUACAAUGGAGUCCCAAUUAUUAAAAUAAAUUAAUAUAAUUUAAA